AUGUUCCAGCUUGGAAAUCUAGGCAUGGCAAUGUCCCACCAUUUUACGACCCGCACAACUCUUGCCUUCAUUCACGGCUGGGACAUCUUCUCCAACAAGUUAAAAUUCACCAAGAAACCAAUUGCACCUCACAUUGAAGCUAUUCAGGAGAUACUCAAGUCAUCACGGAGACUCCUGUCUCAUCCCCUACUUCUCCCCACCUUGUUCCUCCGACGGCAUUUGACCAGGGCAGAGGACAUGAGAAGGCAGCUGAGCUCCAUGACAGCGGAAAUUGAAAAGGCUAUCGGGGUUACCCAGACAGCUCGGCUUUCCGGGAGAACCGUCCAGGAUCAACGCAUUGUGGAAGAAGUGAAGGCUAUGGUCUUGGGCGAGAAGCCGAGGAUUCACACGACCGCACGGAUUAGCACCACGGCCACUGAUGUAAUCAAUAUGAAGGGGACUCUCGAGUGGGACGAAGAAUACGUCAAAUUUCUCCGCCGUGUCAAUGACGAUGUCAAGGCUCACCCUCGCGAGGCGCAUACGCCCCCGGAGGCAGAUCUGCAGCUAUGCGGCUUCAUCGAUCUUCUGGAGCGAGAUGCGCAGUCUAUCUCAUCAUAUGCAACCAGGAUGCAGUCCAGGCUGGAACUUCAAUUCAACGUGCUCUACAAUCUCAUCGCCCAAGCCGGGAAUAGCCUCAAUAUGCAGCAAUCAACACAAGCCGGGCAAGUCGCAGCGCAGGCCGGAAUGGACAGCACAGCUAUGAAGACAAUGGCAGUGGUGACGAUGAUAUUCCUUCCUCCAACCUUUGUAGCCACAAUUUUUAGCAUGUCCUUUUUCAACUGGCAAGCUUCAUCGUCAAGCGGCGAUGACGGCGGUGCCGAGCCCACCGUCGUGCCACAGUUUUGGAUCUACUGGGCCGUCAGCUUGCCCUUGACCAUCGCCAUCGUGAUUGGCUGGCGAGUGUGGUGGUAUUUUCAGAAGGCUUAUUAUGAGACCAAGUUUCUGACACCAGAGGAGCACGUAGUCUAUGAAGAUAGAAGCCGUGGCAAGAGCCGUGAUAGGAGCCGUGAGAGGAGCCGCGACAGGACUCAUGACCCGAGGCGACGGCGGUCACGAUAUCAAGUAUGA